CAAAGUGGGCAGGGUGCUGUGACGUUGUGACCAAAACACACGCUCACUAGUAGGAGGAGAAUGGGAAACAAGGGUAAAGAGGGAAACAGGAACAGAAAGUGAAGACUUGUCAAGAUGUCUGGGUGAGGGGGACCAGAACAGAGAAGAAGCCAGAUGCCAAAACAGAAACAACUGAAGUCUGAGCAGCUGUCGGGAUUAGACAGCAGGGCGAGCUGACCUGCCACUUCACACGUGCCCGCGGGACACACCCAAAAGCAUCGCUACAAAACGUAACUGAAAAGAGCAAGAGGACGAGAGAGGCCUCUGGAAGACAAAGAGAAAGAAAACAUUUUGAGGAAUGCCAAGCAGGAUAAACAAACUUGGCUGGAGUGCAGAUUUUGCCUUUUUUCUCCUGCAUCAAGAUUGUCACAACUGGGCUAUUUCAAAGAAAACCUUCUGAUAAACAAGUGAGCUUUUGGUCUUCUGGAUUUGUUUAAAGAAUGCUCAGGGCACUUCAAGGAAGUAGACAUACAUGAAGUCACCCUGCAUGCUUCCAGUGUUUCCAUUUCACAUAAACAACCCAAGCCUGAGUGCAAGCCUCAUCAGAUAGUGCUGUAAACUCUUUGGAAGUAGAAAGCAGGAGCACAUGAAAGUUCAAUGUCAAGUCACCAACAAUAUCAGACCUGACAAACUUUGAAGCUCAAACCAUACCGCAUAAAAAAACAACUUUCAACUUAAAUGAACACCAUUUUGUGAUUAUCUGAGUGUCUCCAGCUGGCUAAUACGCACAUUAACUGACUUGCAAACUUCACAACCCUCUAAAGGAUUUAUUAAAACUUUACAACUGCCAGACAAACUUAAUUAAAAGGAGCCACGACUCCGUAUCCGAGCGCCAUGGAUGGGGGAACAGACAGCAUCCGGGAUUUUUUCCACCAACUUUGGAGCAUUGCUACAGAGAAGCACAGCCAGGGGGCGUACAACACGGUGUGCCUGGUGGUGCUGCUGACUCUGCCCCUCAUCGUCCUCCUCACCACUUUGGUCGUGUGCUGCCACUGCUGCUGCUGUCGCCAUGCCAACUGCUGCUGUUGCAAGGACGCCAUGGCAACCGCAAGGUCAGAAACGAAGAAGAGAAAGAACUCGAGUGAGGACUUGUGGAUCUCCGUCAAGGGGGGGCCGAUGACGCCUGACAGGGUCGCCCUGGCCAUGGAGUAGGAAACCGUUUUUUUAUUUCAGUGCAGGGGAGCUGAUGGAGCGUCUUGAAAAGAAACCCAGCAUGGGCUCAAAGGACAUUGUUUAAAGAGGCCCUAUUAUGCUCUUCGGGGUUUUCCCUUUCCUGUAAUGUGUUACAUAUGUUUAUGUGCAUCUGAAUGGUCUGCAGACAUAAAAACCCAAAGGACCUUCCAGAGGGAGUUUCUCUCCCACACUCUCCCCCCGGCCUAAAACGCCUCCAUUGGACUCCUUUGUUUACUUUCGUAACAUAGUGACAUCACUGUGUAACACUCACACUUCUAUUGGCUAGCGCUCCAACACAUUGUACUUGAUAGGCCAAGGGGCAGGACAUCUCUACGCUGUUGACCAAUCACAACAGAGCAGGCUAGAUAACCAAUCAGAGCAGAGUGGGCUCUGGUUUCAGACAGAGAGUGGAAAGAGGUGCUGCAGAAAAAUGAGUAAAAUGAAGUGCUUUUUGAACUUUAAAGCAUGGAAACAUGUCACAGUAGAGGCACAAAAUAAAUUAUGAAACCUGAAAAUGAACUUAAUAGGGCCCCUUUAAACUUUUGGGAAGACCCUUACAUUGUAAUGGGUACAGAUGUAGUUGAAAUGUGUAAACACUGUACAGAUUCCUGCCAUUUUGUAUUCAUAUGAUGUUGUGAGUGGAGAAUGUUUACAACAUUUGUAUGAGCUUUGAAGUUUGUGGUACAUAAUGGAAGAAAUAGGCAGAGGCACACACAUACAUUCACGUGUGUGUGUGUGUGUGUGUGUGUGUGUGUGUGUGUGUGUGUGUGUGUGUGUGUGUGUGUGUGUGUGUGUGUGUGUGUGUGUGUGUGUGAGCAGUUCAGAGAGGGGGAGAGUGUGUGUGUGUCAGAGAGAAGUACAGUGUUAUUGAGAGCACUUUGUUUUUAGAGCUCCCAUGUGAAAUUCAUUGAGUCUGUAUUGAAGGGUGCGAGCCAAUUUAAAGUCUGCCCAGUGUUCAUGACUGUAAUGCUCCCUUCUCUUCACAUUCAUACUGCAAUCCAGACUCAUGAAACGCUCUCACUUUCUAAAGAAUUUGUUACCAACGGCCAGAAAGUUCAACUCAAAGGAUGCAGAAGGAAAUCUCAAACUUCCCUUAUUUAGAUGUAUUUUGUGCUCUUAUUUUUGUUUUUCUAAAUAUGAUACAGUGUACUCAGUACACAUAUAUAUAUACUGUACUGUAUGCCAUCGAGAUACACUUCUCUUAGUUUUGUUUUUUGAGACUGUCGCAGUAUUCAGGUCCAGUGAGCAUGAAAGGCACAAUUCACAAUCCAAAUGUCAGUAAAAUAAAUAUUCUAAAUGCA